GGAGCGCAGAGGGUGAUGCCGAGAAGUGCUCCGACCAUCUCCUGCGAGAGCAGCACGAGGAUGCCGGGCGCGACGGGUCGGGGGAGCGGCGCAGGCUGCGGCAGCGGCAGGCAGUGCUCUCGUCCCUGGCGCUGAUCGGCGUCGCAGCCUUCGCAUGGAAGCUCAGCUCGGGGAGCGAGGCGGUCAAAGCAGGCCCGUGCGGGUCUCCAGACGGACCUCUUUGCGACAUCGGACUCGUCGCGCUGCCCUCCACCCUGAUGACCUGUCCCGGAGGAGCGGUGCUCAAGACAGCCAGCAUGGACACAGCCAAGUACGACGCAGUGGUGGCGUCUGUCACGCAGCUCUACAAUUCCUUGGGCAACACGUGUACUGCAUCGAAUUGCAAGAAGGCGGACUUCGCCGGCUGCGUUUUGCGCGUCGCUGGUCACGACAUGAUGGACUUCAAGGACGGUAAGGGCGGCUCAGAUGCAUGCACGGACCUGGACCACGCGGACAACAAGGGCCUCGCGGGGUGUCUCCAUUCCGGGGAGCACGGAGUGCAUUUGGACCAGGCCGUCAUGAUGGCGACGCGCUCGCGAGCCGGAGGGGCCCAGCUGUCCUUCAAGGACACGUUCCAGUAUGGCCGGGCGACGAGUACCACUUGCGCUGACGCGGCGGAGCUGCUCCCCAACCCGCACGACGGAUGCGACGCCGUGGAAGAGACAUACGUGAAGAACAUGGGCUUGACCUGGCGCGAGGCUGCCGCGCUCAUGGGCGUGCACAGUCUUGGCCGCGCCGUAAUCGCGAACUCGGGCUUCCACGGCUGGUGGAGCGACCCAGUCAACAGCGGCAUCUUCAACAACGACUACUACAUCUCCCUGAUGGCCAAGGGCUGGAAGCCGGAAUCGAGCGUGGCAGGCAGGAACGUGAAGCGCCAGUGGGGCCGAAGUGGCAGAGGCCGGGAUACGACUUUCGACGGUCACGAGAUGAUGCUGGACACGGACAUGUGCCUGGCGUACAGCUUCAAUGGCGAGCCAGUCAAAGCCUCGGAGAAUAACUGUUGCGCGUGGGUCAAUUUCAGGGUUGGCGGAGCCCAGUGUGGCUCCAAACCGCAGUGCUGCGGUGCCAGGCUGCCAGACUGCGACAGCAUCAGGAGCCCCAAUGGCCCAGCCGCGUCGCACGUGAUCGACUUCGCUAACGACGAGUCGAUCUGGCUCAGGGUGUUCGAGAGGGCGUGGGGGAAAGCGACGCAGAACGGCUUCAACCUCAAGCGGGUGUUGCGCCGCAUCGGUUGGCCUACAGCCCUUCUCGAGGUCAAGCGCAAGCUGUGCUCCGGCCCCCUCGCCCCCGAAGCGCAGAGGCGGUGGGCGCGCGCAGGCUUCUGGACCGUGCUCGUGAGCGCCCUCUCAGGCCCCGAGAUCCGGCGCCUCGAAAAAAUCCAGGCCUUCCGAGACACCGACCCGGGCAUCGACGACUUCGAGGAGAAGCUGAACAGCUUCCUGAAGGUCGAGGAGCUGGUCCAGGGCAUGGAGGCGCAGCACCAGAUCUCGGCGCUGAUGUUGCAGACCGCCCCGCUCGCCGAGAGCCUGAAGCACUGCGCUGAUAGGUGGAAGACCGCCUUCGCGAGUGAGCUGCACAAGCUGGCCUUCGAGAAGCUGGAGACCGUCAGCGAGACGAUCAAGAUGACCCGCAAGAAGCUCAUGCGUGAGGUUGGCAGUGGGGACAUCGAUGCCCUCGCGUACGUGAUGCAGACCCUCCAGGAAGUGCGGGCGAAGCAGAGUGAGAUCGAGCUAGAGUUCGGCCCGAUCGAGCAAAUGUACAGGAUCCUGGACACGCACCUGCCGACGAUCAUGGACAAGGAGGAGCAGGACGCCCUGGCCAUGCUCACGAAGAACUGGGCGAGCCUCCUGGAGGAGAGCCAGCUGCGUCAGGAGGAGUUCUCCAAAAAGCAGGUGCAGUACAAGAAGGACCUCAUCAAGACCGUCAACGUGUUCAACAAAGACGUGGCGCGCUUCCGCGCCGAGUACGACCGCUCCGGCCCAAUGGUGCGCGGCAUCGCGCCGCGCGAGACCGUUGCCCGGCUGAAGAGGUGCAAGGAGGAGUACGAGGUGCGGGCCCGGAAGCAGGAGGUCUACUACGUGGGCGAGGACCUCUUCGGGCUGCCGCACCAGCGAUACCCCAAGCUGGACCAGACGAAGUCCGAGCUCGGCUACCUCUCGCAGCUCUACGACUGCUACGUCGCGGUCCUCGAGACCAUCAAGGCCGCCGGACCUCUGGGUCGAGGUGCCCGACAAGAUGGAGCAGAUGCAGAAGCAGAUAGAUAG